AUGUUUGGAAGAGCCCCUAAGAAGAGCGAUAAUACCAAGUACUAUGAGAUCCUAGGGGUUCCGAAUACCGCUUCCCAAGAUGAUCUCAAAAAGGCUUAUCGGAAAGCCGCCAUUAAGAAUCACCCUGACAAAGGUGGAGAUCCUGAGAAGUUUAAAGAGCUUGCCCAAGCAUAUGAGGUUCUGAGUGACCCAGAGAAGCGUCAGAUAUAUGAUGAAUAUGGAGAGGAUGCUUUGAAGGAAGGGAUGGGUGGUGGAGGGGGUGGACAUGAUCCGUUUGACAUCUUCCAGUCAUUUUUUGGGGGUAGUCCUUUCGGUGGUGGUGGUGGUAGCAGCAGCAGCAGGGGACGAAGACAGAGAAGGGGAGAAGACGUUAUCCACCCUCUCAAAGUUUCUUUGGAGGAUCUUUACAAUGGAACGUCCAAGAAACUCUCUCUUUCACGUAAUAUAAUCUGCUCCAAGUGCACGGGCAAAGGGUCAAAGUCGGGUGCUUCAAUGAAAUGUUCAGGCUGUCAAGGUUCAGGCAUGAAAGUUUCUAUCAGACAUCUUGGCCCUUCUAUGAUCCAGCAAAUGCAACAACCUUGUAAUGAGUGCAAGGGUACCGGAGAAACAAUUGAUGACAAGGAUCGCUGCCCACAGUGCAAGGGUGAAAAGGUGGUGCCGGAGAAGAAAGUUCUUGAAGUCCAUGUUGAGAAGGGCAUGCAGAACGGACAAAAGAUUACAUUCCCUGGAGAGGCUGAUGAAGCUCCUGACACUGUUACUGGUGAUAUUGUGUUUGUCUUGCAACAAAAAGAGCAUCCCAAGUUUAAGCGGAAGGGUGAUGAUAUAUUUUAUGAACACACCUUGAAUCUGACAGAAGCACUUUGUGGCUUCCAGUUCAUCUUGACCCAUCUAGAUAACAGACAACUUUUGAUCAAGUCUCUACCUGGGGAUGUUGUUAAACCUGAUCAAUUCAAGGCAAUAAAUGAUGAAGGAAUGCCAAUGUACCAAAGGCCAUUCAUGAAGGGGAAGCUGUACAUACACUUUAGUGUGGAUUUCCCGGAAUCCAUAAGCCCAGAGCAACGCAAGGUUCUCGAGACGGUUCUUCCAGCAAGGCCUUCGGUGCAGAUUUCGGAUAUGGAAGUGGAUGAAUGUGAGGAGACAACUCUGCAUGAUGUCAACAUUGAAGAAGAGAUGAGAAGGAAGCAGCAACAAGCAGCUCAAGAAGCUUAUGAUGAAGAAGAUGACGAUGACAUGCAUGGUGGAGCACAGAAGGUACAAUGUGCACAACAAUGAUGCGAGUGAAGGUAUGGUGCUACUUGUAGGUCUUGGCAACGCAGUUUUGCUUCGUGAGAUUAGAAACAUAAAAAAUGUAUGCAACUUUUAUUCGAUUUGAUUGUCGGCGGUUGAAAUAGGAAAAACCUUUUUGAGUCAAGGGCUUGUUUUGUGGUUGAUGAAAUAUAGUGGUAGUGGUUUCCCAAAUGGUAAUGGGAUUGAAGAUGCUAGUAGUAAAGGCUGGAACCAGUACAACAUUGUGGUAGUAAGCCUAAGGUCUUCUGUUAUAUUUAAGUUGAUAUUUGUGAAC